AUUUGUAUGCGGCGGGCAAGGGAAACCAAGGCAGCGCGGACAGACAAAAGCACUCAAUAUAAUUAAAUUGUCGACGGACUCCCCAGCACCAAUAGUUCUGCCACCCGAACCGCCGAUUUCAGUAAACGUUUAGAUAUGCCACGACUAUUCAGUACACGGCGCCUUUUCCCGUCCGGAAAGAAUGCAAUUUACUUGCUCAUCCUGGUCAUUAUAUUGUAUACGGUUAUAUUGCACCGCAGUGGCGACUUUGGAGCUCCGGCAGUCGUCGAGCGCUCUGGUCCACCAGCUCCUAGGAUUUUUUGCAUCAUAUCCACCUACGAAUUUCGCCACGAACAUACCGCAAUUCACGUCCAUCGCACUUGGGUCAAGCACUGCGAUCACUUUCUUUUCGUCAGCGAUGACAUUCAUCACUACUUGGAGCCGGCUGCGUUUACGCAUGUGAGUGACAAAUGGCAACGAAUGAGGGCCCAUCUGGAGUACGUCUACAAGUAUCACUUCCAUCAGGGCGACUGGUUCCUCUACUGCAACGACGAUAACUUUGUAGUCGUGGAGAAUCUUCGUCACAUGUUGAAGACCUAUAGUCCCAACGAACUCAUUUACUUUGGAUGCAAGCUGCGAACACGCAACGGUUUGGUCUUCAUGCUAGCAAGUUCUGGGAUUGUCUUCAGUGGAGCUGCUCUUAAGCGAUUCGCACUCACAGCCCUGACCAACGAAAGUAUUUGCAGUUCGGAGGUGAAAGGAGAUUAUUUCACUGAGGAACUGGGUCGAUGUCUCAAUAAUGUCAAUGUGAUAGCCGGCGAUAGUCGGGAUGAGUUUCAGGGACAUCGGUUCCUGCCUUUCGAGGCGGAUUUGCAUUUGGGAUCGAUAAUUAAUGAAUCCUUGGAACACCACACGUAUUUUCUGGAUCAUUCGUACUAUCCAGUGACUGAUAUGAACUUGCCGGUCUCUUUGCGUUCCAUAUGCUUUCAUAUGAAGCAUAUAUUUGACAUAUAUGAUUUAUACUACUUUGCAUAUAGAACUCGUGUGUUUGGGGUGCCGUUUGACCCGGACUUUAAAAAUGAAAGGAUGGGACUCGAAAAUAAUUAAUUGGUAAGAGUUCAUCAUAACUCAAGG